ACACACAUUCCCCCCCCAACCCCUGCGUGCACCCUCCACCUUCUCAAGUUGUAGCGGUCGCUCGCUGGGGGUUCUCCGUGGGCGGCGGAAGGGCGCGUGGGGGAGGGGGCUUGGACAGCUCCGAGCCGUGAGAAGCGAGUGUGUGCGCGCCCAGAGCCGGGGCGGCGGGUCACCGCCCCGGGAGAUGAGGGUCCGGCGCUGACAGGGAAGAGCGGGCGCAGCGGAGGCGGCUCGGAGGGGACCCGCGAUGGCAGCGCCUCGGGAGGAGGCUCCAGGCAGGGCUGGCUGCGCUGGCAGCGGCCACUGAGGGGCCAGCCGGCCGGCUGGCGAACUGGGCUGAAGAGCAGAGAGGCGCGCUCGGCGUCCGCACCCCCGCGCCCUCGCCUCAGUUGUCCAAACUUCAGGCUCUCUUCCACCCGCCCUCCGCGCCCGAAGUCAACAACUUCUUCACCCCCCUCCGCCCCCGCCCUUGCCUCCGUCAGCCCCGGGAGGUGGCCGCGCGGCGGGGACCAGGAACCCCGGGCACUGAGAUGUGGCCGUGAGGCGGCAGCGGCGGGGAGAAGCUCGGCGGCGCCCCGGAGCGGGAGGGCGGCGCGGCCGGGGGGGACGGGGCGGAGGGGCGCGAGCUCUCCGCGCCUCUCCCCCGCCUCCUCCUCCUGCCGCUGCCCGUUCCGUGCUUGCAGCAGCCGGAGCUGCCAAGCGCCAGGGCCGCGGCGAUGUCGUCGUCGUCGCCGCCGGCGGGGGCUGCCAACGCCGCCGCCAUCUCGGCCUCGGAGAAAGUGGACGGCUUCACCCGGAAAUCGGUGCGCAAGGCGCAGAGGCAGAAGCGCUCCCAGGGCUCGUCGCAGUUCCGCAGCCAGGGCAGCCAGGCGGAGCUGCACCCCUUGCCCCAGCUCAAAGAUGCCACUUCCAAUGAACAACAAGAGCUUUUCUGUCAGAAGUUGCAGCAGUGUUGUAUACUGUUUGAUUUCAUGGACUCUGUUUCAGACUUGAAGAGCAAAGAAAUUAAAAGGGCAACACUGAAUGAACUGGUUGAGUAUGUUUCAACUAAUCGUGGUGUAAUUGUUGAAUCAGCGUAUUCUGAUAUAGUAAAAAUGAUCAGUGCUAACAUCUUCCGUACUCUUCCUCCAAGUGAUAAUCCAGAUUUUGAUCCAGAAGAGGAUGAACCCACGCUUGAGGCCUCUUGGCCUCACAUACAAUUGGUGUAUGAAUUCUUCUUAAGAUUUUUGGAGAGCCCUGAUUUCCAGCCUAGCAUUGCAAAGCGAUACAUUGACCAGAAAUUUGUACAGCAGCUCCUGGAGCUUUUUGAUAGUGAAGAUCCCAGAGAACGUGACUUCCUGAAGACUGUUCUGCACCGAAUUUAUGGGAAAUUUCUUGGAUUAAGAGCAUUCAUCAGAAAACAAAUUAACAACAUUUUCCUCAGGUUUAUAUAUGAAACAGAACAUUUCAAUGGUGUUGCUGAACUCCUUGAAAUAUUAGGAAGUAUUAUCAAUGGCUUUGCAUUGCCACUGAAAGCAGAACAUAAACAAUUUCUAAUGAAGGUUCUUAUUCCUAUGCAUACUGCAAAAGGAUUAGCUUUGUUUCAUGCUCAGCUAGCCUACUGUGUCGUACAGUUCCUGGAGAAAGAUACCACACUAACAGAACCAGUGAUCAGAGGACUGCUGAAAUUUUGGCCAAAAACAUGCAGUCAGAAAGAAGUGAUGUUUUUAGGAGAAAUUGAAGAAAUCUUAGAUGUCAUUGAACCCACACAGUUCAAAAAAAUUGAAGAGCCCCUUUUUAAGCAAAUAUCCAAGUGUGUCUCCAGUUCUCAUUUUCAGGUUGCAGAAAGGGCAUUGUACUUCUGGAAUAAUGAAUAUAUUCUUAGUUUGAUUGAGGAGAAUAUUGAUAAAAUUCUGCCAAUUAUGUUUGGCAGUUUAUACAAAAUCUCCAAAGAACACUGGAAUCCAACCAUUGUAGCACUGGUGUACAACGUGCUGAAAACCCUAAUGGAAAUGAAUGGCAAGCUUUUUGACGACCUUACUAGCUCCUACAAAGCUGAAAGACAAAGAGAGAAAAAGAAGGAAUUGGAACGUGAAGAGUUAUGGAAAAAAUUAGAGGAGCUAAAGCUAAAGAAAGCUUUGGAAAAGCAGAACAGUGCUUACAACAUGCACAGUAUUCUCAGCAAUACAAGUGACGAAUAAAAAAAGCCACCACCUCUGUUGGAUAGGCAGUUUUGUACACUUUUUUGAAAUAUGUAAAAAUUAUGAGACAAACCUCUCAGUAUAAUACAAUUAAAAGGCCAACUUUUUUUCUGGCAACUGUAAAUGAAAAAUAUGGACUAAACAUAGCCCUGUGCUGUAUCAUGGCCACAGUAUAUUGUAACCUUGUCUAAUCAUGGAUUUAUUGUGUCACUUCUACAGUUUCACAGAAAUGAAUGAACUUCAUCAUCUAUGAUAUGAGUGAGCUAAUUAUGGGAGUGGUAAGAAUUAUGACUUGAAUUCUUUUUUUGAUUGUGUUGCACAUAGAUACAGUAGUCUGCUCUGUAUAUUUUUCCCUUUUAUAAUGUGCUUUUCACAUUGCUGCAGACCUUAGUUACAUCCUAGGAAAAAGAACUAUGAUGGGGGGGGGAGUUCCCUGCCCUAAGCCUUCCUUCACUAGAGUUGCUGCACUCUGGAAUUUGAGCAGAAACUUAAAUCUCCAGGCUUUUUAAAGCACAAAAUAUAAAUAAAAGCUGGGAAAGUAAACCAAAUUCUUUAGAUUGUUCCUCAAGAAUAUCCCUCUUCAUCUGCAACUCCCCACAGUAAUGAGCCCAGAUUUGUGGAGGCAGCACAGGUAAACGCUGAGCCUGCCUCUCAGUUCAUUCCUCCUCUUCCUCCCAAAGGCUGAAGGCAGGGCCUUUCCAGUCCUCAGAACCUGCCCUUCCUUCCAGCCCCUGCUGACCCAGGGAAGGAGGCUUUGAGUCCCCCAGUGUGGUGACACAGAGCACUCACGGUCACUGGCUGGCUUUAUUUAAAGGAAACGCACUAGGCUGCCCCUGUAGAGUUCUGAGCAAGCUGACUAGAGAGAGGUCUUGUAUGUUUUCACUUGGUCAAGUAUUUCUCACCUCUUUUGUUAUGAGUACCAUUCCAAUCUCUUGCAGUUGUGUGGAAAACUGUUUUGUAACGAAAGAUCUUCAUUGGGGGAUUGAGCAGCAUUUAAUAAAGUCUAUGUUUGUA